GGGGCUGAUCAGGGAUUACCGUAUUUUUCACUCCAUAAAAUGAACCUAGAUUUUAGGACUGCGGAGAUAGUACAGGAGAUGAUCAGAGACUGCGGACACAGUACAGGAGAUGAUCAGAGACUGCGGACAAGUACAGGAGAUGAUCAGAGACUGCGGACAUAGUACAGGAGAUGACCAGAGACUGCGGACAGUACAGGAGCUGACCAGAGACUGCAGACACAGUACAGGAGAUGACCAGAGACUGCGGACAUAGUACAGGAGAUGACCAGAGACUGCAGACA